AUGCUGACAAUUGGCGUGAUAGGUGAUUUCGGUGUAAUCAGCCCAGACAGCCUCAGAGUUUCAAGGCUCGUUAAAUCAUGGAAUCCGACAGUGAUUAUUACCACCGGUGAUAAUAUUUACUCUCCACCAACUCCAAAGAAUUACUCGUCCGUAGUUGGCGUCCUGUAUCGAGAGUACCUUUGUGCACAAGAAAAGAAACGAACAAAGCCAGGAAAACUUCUCGUUCUUCGAGAUUCAGAAUGCACAGAACUAUCCACGUUGCCAAAAAAGUGUAAUACAAAAUUUCUACCGUGUGUCGGAAAUCAUGAUUAUCCAUUUCCCGGCUACAUGAAGUACUUCCAACUCCCGACAUACUACUCUGCAGAAUUUAUCAAACCGACAGACUUUUUGAAGAUCAUUUCGCUCAAUAAUUAUGGAGAUCUUCAUGGGAGGUUUGACGAUAAAAUCUCUGAACAGCGGACUUGGCUAGAAAAGGAACUAGAUUCUUCAGCACACAUUAAAUGGAUCAUCAUUACCUUCCAUUAUCCUCAACAAUGCAGUAAUAAUUCGGAUGAAGAAAAUGAAUAUUAUUUGAAGCGAUGUUUUCCAUUCCAUAAGUACAAGAACGUUGCUCUAAUCCUUAGUGGGCAUCAGCAUAUCUACGAACGAGUAGAAUUUAACAAUGUUACAAAUGUUGUUGUGGGAACUAGUGGGUCCACUGUACGGAGAAAGUCGAAAGUGGUCAUUGAGCAAUCUAAAUUUUUGGAUGAUAGUGGAUUUGGAGCAUUGCGGUUGGAAAUUGGCGAGGAAGAAAUUCAUGGGUUUUAUUACGCCUUAGAAUACGUGGAUGGUCAGCAUAGGGACGUAUUAAAGGAUCAAUUUUGUAUAAAUAAAAGCUGA